AUCCGUCUGCCUCCGAGUUCCUUUUCCCCACACCGAUCCAGGCCUCGGCCUGGUGUGUAAAUAUUGAAUUCUUUGGUUCACCGAUGGUGUUCCUCGGUAACUUUCAUUCCGUGGUCCGAUUCUCACCAAGUCGGUCUUUGCGUGUGUCCAUAGCCUUGUGUUCACACUCGUUUUGCAUCUUCCAUACUGUUACAGUUAACUAUGACAUCUCCUCCUCGUUACAUGCAAUACGAGCGAAUACAGAAACUCUGAACUGAGGGUUUUAACCCAACUUUAACCUUUGUGACUUCAACUUCGACGACAGGCACGAUUUCCUCGCAUCUUCGGGCGAUUUUAUAGGGAGAAAUUUAUCGGUAAUCAGAUAACCGCAGGAUCUCUCGCGUGGUGUGAUCGCCAAGAUAUUUCUCGCCGUAUAUCUUAUCAGAUUAUUUUCCCCAAGUGUUUUCCUCUUCACCUCCCUGCACAAUGUCCAUUGCACCUCCAGCCGACCAGGCCAUUCCACCCAUCUUCGCUGCGCCAGCGGACGCGCAGACGAAAUGGCGCAGAGCCGCCGUCCUUCCCGAAUCUACCACCAUUGACGUAUUAAUCGACGACAUCACUUCCAUUGCGGUGAAUGGGAAAGUCGCAAGCCUUUAUAAAACACUCCCGAGGAAACUCAAAUUGGUGGUGACGAGUGUCAAUACACAGUUCGAACAUACAGCAGAACAUAUCCCUGCCUAUCACCUCUUGGAGGUCGCACCCCCAGCUGAUGGCGAAACUGUCUCAAUCGAGGACUUCUGGGCAGUCAUCUACGCGCUGCAUACCAUCCUCCACGAGCAAGAAACCAUCCCGAUCGUCCUCUCCCAGACAUUCGGCAACUUCGAGGAGUUGACCACUUACCUUCUCCAUUCGGGCCUUGCUAGACACAGACACGUUGGUGUCUACGAACCCGAGCCGACCGAUCCCGAGCUCUUCCUUCUCCGGGGUAGUUUCUGGCAAGGAGCCGGUACACUCGGAUGGCACAACCGCAGUUGGAUACGCGAGUCCUCCGCUGCCUACGCUAGAGCUCCGUUCCCCUACAUUCCAUCGUUCUCGCGCUCUCCCCUGGUUAUCACCUCUCAUCCACUUCGUCCACCCAAGCCUAGGCCGGGAGAGUUACUGUAUCGCAAGUACUUCCCUCAGUACGGACAGUCUUUCGAGCUCCACUAUGUUGACUUGGAGGAAGAGAAACUUGGGCCUAAUGGUGUCGGUCGUCAUCUUGAGACAUUCCAUCGAUGGCACAAUGAUCCGUGGGUUCACAGAGGUUGGAACGAGGCUGGACCGAUUGAGAAGCAUCGUAAGUAUUUGAAAGAGUUGGAUGCGGACGGAGGUUGCCUUCCUGUCAUGAUGAGCUGGGAUGGCGAGCUGAUGGGAUACACGGAACUGGUGUAUAUCAGGGAGAACCAUGUCAAUCAAUACGUAACUGCAGGAGCAUGGGACUAUGAUCGAGGAUUGCACUGUCUCAUAGGAGAGGAGAAGUUCCGUAAGGAUGGUCGCUCCACCCUAUGGUUCGCUGCUAUCAUGCAUUACUUGUUCUUGGCCGACCCGCGUACGGAGCGACUUAUUGGCGAACCCAAAAUCCACAACCCUGGUGUCAUCGGUCUAUCGCUCUCCACUGAGAUGCAUGUACAAACGGUAAUCGACUUACCAUACAAGAGAUCGGCGUUGACGUGGCAGACCCGGGAACGGUUCUUCCGUUAUGACCUACUGAUUCGAACGGAGGAUGGUACGAAAAGGGAGGAACAUCCCAAGUUCAAGCCGAAAUUGUGAACUGGCCUCAUCUUGGUGGGCUCGGGUGCUUGACGUACCUCCAGUUCUCAAAAGUGAGGAGCGCGCUGGAAACAAGGGUGUCAUUCGGCAAUAUCUACGGGUAUUUACCGUGCUAGUUGAGAAUGUUCUUGAUAUCCAUAACCAAAUCCGCGUACUUUUUUUUCGUGCGUAACUCGAAUGCAGUUGCAGCUGGUCGACGUUGAAUGCGACGACAAACGAAACAAGCGAGGGUGCAGCCCCUGAUAUUAAACAUGCCGGAUUAGG